AUGCCUUGGCCGCAUUUGCUCCGAUUUUCCCUACGGCGCCCGGGCGAUUGAGUUAUGUGUUCAAAAUUGAAUACAUUAUUGAAAAAAACACUCAAUCGGCCGGGCACCGGCCGAUGGAUCGGAGUUAAUGUGACCCGGGCAUUACUCGAUUGAUUGAUUGAUUGAAUUGGUAAUUAUUGUUGAAAUCCUUGAUUGGGAUCCUCUCGAAAUACUUUUAGAUAAAGCGUCUGGUUCGUGGGGCUAAAAAUCUGGGCCUCGGAAUACGUGUUGUUGGCGGGGGUCAUUCGGUGUCUCCCUUGUUUCCAGACCCCUACCAGAUAGGCGUGAGCCUGGAUGAUCUUCGUGGAGAGAAAUAUAGUUUAAACGAGGAGAAGACUAAAUUGACAGUGCUAUCAUCUGAAAAAAUACAAGAUGUUGUAAAAUGGGCAGCUGGCGAGGGAGUAACAUUAGGUCCCAUUCCAGUUGGACCGGAAUACACGAUUCCUGGCAUGGUAGCUACGGGUUCCCAUGGGUCGAGUACAAAGUUUGGACCAUUUCCCAAUAUGGUUUAUGGAUAUGAGUUGGUAGAUGGCAAUGGAAAUGUUAGGAAGUUUAACGAAAGUGACGACAAGGAGAUCAUUGAUGCAUGUAGAGUACAUCUAGGCUUAUGUGGUAUUAUAUACAAAACGAUUCUAAAGGUGACCCCUGAUGUGAAACAAAAGUACACGCACGCCACCAAUAUUCCUGUUCAAAAACUUCUUGACGACAACAAUCGGCGGGUUUUGGUAAUGGACAACUGGGCCGUCUACAUCGUAUUCAUGAUUGACUUUAAAUCAGCAACGGAAGAGGAAAUGGAACAAAUGCUAGGAGACCCAUUAAGGAGAAUACCAGAGAGUUAUGAUAUAUUCAAGGCAGAAAUGGAAAUAUGGAUAUGGAGUGAAGUUGACCAAAAUACGCCAUUGAGUGAAGAAUACAAUGACACUCUAACACUAGCUGAUGGCUCUACGUAUGGUGCUGUAUCUGCUAUAAAACCUUACUCGGAAACAAGAAAUGGCGAGUCUAUCUGGUCCCGAGACCAAUGUAUACAAAUGAGAACAGCAGUGUCAUUUGCUGCCCCAGAAUCUGAUGAUUUUAUUGAAAGUGGUAAAACGUUGAGGGAGCAUCUGACCAUCCUGGAAGGGAUUUUCAAAAACAUAGGAUUUUAUCCUAAACUUAACGCAUCCUCGGCUCUUCGAUGGAUGAAGCAUUUUGAUGACUGCCUGUUAUGUCCGUCAACUGUUGCAGAUGAUAGCUCUAUGAACAAGUUGGUUACAUAUAGUGAGAUGGUCACCCUUUAUGAUAAAUGUGAAGAACCAAUUAUAAGUGAAGUUAACUCGAUGAAACAAAGAUUAUUAGAGACGCAGUUUGGAGUCGAUGUAAUGAAGAACAACCCUCGAGUCCUGCCACAUUGGGGAAAGUAUUUCGAACAUAUCCCUGGAAUGUCUGAUCAGAUUAGACGUCAAUUUGGAGAUGAUCUUCUGACCUUCAUUAACAUGCGCAACAAAUAUAAGCUGGAUAACAAGAACCUGUUUGUCAACACUCACUUGAAGGAUAUUUUUAGAGAUGCCCUAUCUGAGACUUGUCCCGGAUAUAAUCGUUUUACCAUAAAUAUAUAACAUUUCAAAAACAAUAAUGUAACACCAUCUGUUUCGACAGCUUUACCAACUUUAGGAAAUUUUAUUCCGUUAGAUGUUAAACCCUAAUGGAGAUACUUUGGCCAACAAGGGUGCAAACCUGAACCAUUGACAAUAGUAUGUAAAAAUUCUGUGUACCAACCCUGAGAAAGGAACAAUAAACGACAUUUUAGUUUUAUUUAUUUGUGCUUGGCUCGUUGGUAGGUACAACAUCU